AUAUGCACCCGAGUUGACUUGCAAGUCUUCCCCUUCCCCUCAAAUACUCUUCUUCGCUUGGGUUUCAUGGCGAGAUCAGAUCAGAUCGAUCUAACAAUGGCUCAUGCUCUUCUGUUUCUUCUCUUCCUUCUGCCUUUGUUCAUUGCUGCUCAAUCUAAUGGUAACAUACCCGUGGGCUACUCCAUCACAGCCAACACCAAUGCCGCUGAUCCAUGGCUUUCUCCUUCAGCCGAUUUUGCUUUUGGGUUUAGUCAACUUGAAGAUCCCAAUCUCUUCUUGCUCUCCAUAUGGUACUACAAGAUUCGCCAUCGGACCGUUGUUUGGUUUGCAAAUGAAGGAGUUCCUUUUUCGAGCGGGUCGAAAGUAGAACUCACUUCCGGUAAAGGGUUGGUAGUCACGGACCCUAAUGGCAAAGAAGUGUGGGAAUCUGGCGUUUCGAAUGAAGUUGUUUAUGGUUUCCUGAAUGAUACUGGCAACUUUGUGCUUCUGGGAAACGAUUCUCUCAGUAAAUGGGAAAGCUUCACAUAUCCUACUGAUACCCUUCUGCCUACGCAGACAAUGAAGUCCGGCUUGGAGCUGUAUUCCAGGUGGUCGGAGACCAACUUCUCCCAAGGAAGAUUCCAGCUUCGCUUCGAAGAUGGAAAUCUGUUGCUUAAUGCCAGAGAAAUGGUUUCAAAUUUUGCUUAUGAUAAUUACUAUUCAAGUGAAACUUCUGAUACCUCUAACGCCUCCAAUUCCGGUCAGCAAGUGAUCUUCUCUGAUACAGGUUAUAUGUACAUAUUGAGAACGAAUGGCCUAAGGUUUGAUCUCACUCCGAGGCCAACGGAUUUCCCUGCCAGUGAUAAUUAUCACAGAGCAACUCUCAAUUUUGAUGGAGUUUUCGUCCAAUAUGCUUAUCCAAGGUCUUCCAGUACUGGCAACACAAACUGGAGUGUGGUUUGGUCCGAGCCGGAUAAUAUAUGUGUUAAUAUUGGUGGAAAUGAAGGGAGUGGGGCUUGUGGGUAUAACAACAUCUGCAGCCUCGGUGAUGAUAAGAGGCCAAAUUGCCAAUGCCCACAAGGGUUUUUGUUGAUGGAUCCAGACGAUGAGUAUGGCAGCUGUAGCCCGAAUUUCACUCAAAGCUGUGAAGAAGCAGAUGUCAAUUCAACAGCAAAUGUGUAUGAUUUCUCGACUCUUGUAAAUAUUGAUUGGCCAACGUCUGACUACGAGCACUUGAACCCUUCGACUGAAAGCCAGUGUAGAAACACUUGCCUUCAAGAUUGUUUUUGUGCUGUUGCUAUACUUAGAGCUGGUCAAUGCUGGAAGAAGAAGCUGCCACUUUCAAAUGGAAGGAAGGAUACCAGUCUUAAUAGCAAGGCUUUCUUGAAGUACCGCAAAGUUGAUGUUCCUCCAUCCAAUCCUACAACCGGACCUCCUACUAUUCGUGGAAAAAAGGACAGGGAGCCUACAAUUGUGGUCGGAUCCGUUCUCUUGGGGACAUCUUUUUUGGUCAAUUUGCUAUUUGUUGGUGCCUUCUGCUUGGGCUUUUUCUUUAUCUGCCGUAAGAAAAACGUGAAAGGACUCCCCACAAGUGAAACAAGUCUCCGUCGUUUUACCUACGAAGAGCUUGAUGUUGCUACAAAUGGUUUUGGGGAAGAAUUGGGAAGGGGGGCUUUUGGCAUUGUCUACAAAGGGGUGGUACAAAUGGGUGGUUCAAGACAAGUUGUGGCAGUGAAAAAGCUUGACAGAGUGGCUCAACAAAAAGAGAAGGAAUUCAAGACUGAAGUGAAUGUGAUUGGCCGAACUCAUCAUAAAAAUCUGGUUCAGCUGCUUGGAUUCUGUGAGGAAGGCCAACACCGGAUGCUAGUCUAUGAGUUUUUGAGCAAUGGCACUUUAUCUAGCCUCCUAUUUGGAGAUCCAAAGCCUAGCUGGAACCUUAGGACUGAAAUUGCGCUAGGGAUUGCAAGAGGGCUGGUUUACUUGCAUGAGGAAUGCACCACCCAAAUCAUCCAUUGCGAUAUAAAGCCUCAGAACAUACUACUUGAUGAGUAUUACAAUGCUCGAAUUUCAGACUUUGGGUUGGCUAAACUUCUCAUGAUGAAUCAGAGCAAGACAAUGGCAACUACCAUUAGAGGGACAAAAGGGUAUGUGGCCUCGGAGUGGUUCAACAACAAACCAAUCACUGCUAAGGUCGACGUUUACAGCUAUGGUGUGUUGCUGCUAGAGAUCAUUUCUUGUCAAAGAAGUGUGGGGGAUUUUGAAAAUGGAGAAGUUGAAAAAGCAAUCUUGACAGAUUGGGCUAGUGAUUGCUUGGAGCAAGGGAAGUUGGAAGCUUUGGUUGAGAAUGAUAGGGAGGCUUUGAAUGAUUGGAACAAGUUGAUGAGAUUUGUGAAGGUAGCCAUUUGGUGUAUUCAAGAGGAUCCAUCUUUUAGACCUUCAAUGAGGAAGGUUAUUCAGAUGCUUGAAGGAGUUAUUGAAGUUAAUCAUCCUCCAUGUCCUACCACGUUUUCUUUUCCCACCUAAACCUUAGUUUGCUUUAUAUCUACUAGCCUACCUGCUUAAUGGCAACUUAUUACAAAGACUAUCGUCUUUCUAUUUAAGUUAUUUUUAUUGACUAUAGUUUUAGUGAUUCCUUAGAAUAUUCCUAAAGAUAUUAAGGAAUCAUGUAAGCUAAUGUUUACCUUGUAUGGUUGAUAUUCGUAAAGAUAUCAAAUGUUGACCAAUGAACUCUAUAAAAUUUUGAUUGGAAUAUUGUCGAUAA